UAUUCUUCUAUAUAUUACACCCUUCCCCUCUUCCCGUUCUCAUCUAAAACCCCUUUUGCUUAUCUUCAUUUUCAAUUCAUAUUUUUUUUUUUUGACAAUGGAGACUUUAACCGGAUUACUGAAACACGUCGCCGACAAAUUUCCCGAUCGCCGUGCUAUCUCCGUCUCCGGCAAAUUCGAUAUCACCCACUCUCGUCUUAAUCAUCUCAUCGAGCAUGCAGCUUCGUCGCUUGUGGCUGCCGGUGUCAAACCCGGCGAUGUCGUCGCCCUCACGUUUCCCAAUACCAUCGAGUAUGUGAUCAUGUUUUUGGCCGUCAUCCGGGUGAAAGCCACCGCAGCACCGCUUAAUCAAGCUUACACCGCCGAUGAGUUCGAGUUUUACUUAUCGGACUCUGAAUCAAAACUCUUAUUGACCGCUAAGGAGGGAAUCGAGGCGGCCGAAAUCGCGGCGUCAAAGAUCGGAAUCCCUCACAUAACAGCGACUUUGAACGACGUUGAAUCAGGUAUCAAGCUCUCCGCCGCGUCAGAAUCUAGCUCCGAUUUCACCGCCUUGAAAAUCGUCAACGAGCCAUCUGACGUCGCACUUUUCCUUCACACUUCCGGCACCACCAGCCGCCCCAAAGGUGUGCCACUGACUCAACUCAACUUAGCCUCUUCCGUCAACAACAUAAAAUUCAUUUACAAACUCACUGAAUCCGACUCCACCGUCAUCGUCCUCCCUCUGUUCCACGUCCACGGCCUACUCGCCGGAUUACUAAGCUCUUUCGGCGCCGGAGCCUCCGUCACCCUCCCAUCCGCCGGGCGUUUCUCCGCCUCAACUUUCUGGUCAGACAUGAUCAAAUACAAUGCCACCUGGUACACCGCCGUCCCCACCAUCCACCAAAUCAUACUCGACCGCCACCUAUCCAAACCCGAACCCACAUACCCAAAACUCCGAUUCAUCCGAAGCUGCAGCGCGUCACUCGCGCCGUCCAUAUUAGCUCGGCUUGAAGAAGCCUUUCACGCGCCGGUUCUCGAAGCCUACGCCAUGACCGAAGCCACCCAUCUCAUGUCGUCCAACCCAUUACCGGAAGACGGCCCGCACAUUCCCGGGUCAGUCGGAAAACCCGUGGGUCAAGAAAUGGCAAUAUUGGAUGAAAACGGCGUAGAACAAAAAGCCGGCGAAAAUGGCGAAGUUUGUAUUCGGGGCCCGAAUGUGACAACCGGGUAUAAAAACAACCCGGAAGCUAACAAAUCCGCAUUUUUAUUCGGGUGGUUUCAUACAGGUGAUAUCGGGUAUUUUGACUCCGAUGGAUAUCUGCAUCUAGUGGGCCGAAUCAAGGAAUUGGUCAACAGAGGAGGAGAGAAAAUAUCACCAAUCGAGGUGGAUGCUGUCCUAUUAUCGCAUCCAGAUGUUGCACAAGCUGUUUGUUUUGGUGUGCCCGAUGACAAAUAUGGCGAAGAGAUAAAUUGUGCUGUGAUACCUAGAGAUGGAUCGGGUCUUGAUGAGGACGAGGUUUUAAGAUUCUGUAAGAAGAAUUUAGCGGCGUUUAAGGUUCCUAAGAAGGUGUUUAUUACGGAUUCUGUUCCAAAGACGGCUACAGGGAAGAUUCAGAGGAGGAUUGUGGCAGAACAUUUUCUCACGCGUAUCUCAACUGCUAAAGUCCCGAAAUUUGGAGCUUAAAUUCAUUUAGGGUUUAAGGAAAAAUAUAAACAUGUGAUCAUGGAAAAUGUUGAGUUGAUUCUUUGAAUCGGUUAUUGUAGCAUUUGGAGUUGUUUCAACUUAGAAUAUUGAGCUCUGGUGUCUGUGUAAUUUGUUCUUUGGUGAUGAAAAGAGUUUAUGGUAUGUUCUUGACUCUUGAAUUACAAUUGAAAAAGAACAGAAAAAAAAUAAAUAUGAUAGUUGUGACUUGUGACA